UCCUUAUCUUCAUCUCCUUCAUUCCUCAGCCCCAUCUCUCUCUCUCUCUCUCUCAACCUCACAGUGGGAGUGGUACUAGAGAAAUGAGAACAGAGAUGGUUGAAGACGUUGUAAUAAUUGGUGCUGGAAUAGCAGGGCUCACUACGGCCUUAGGACUUCACGGGAUGGGAUUGCGAAGCUUGGUAUUGGAAUCAUCAGACAGCUUGAGGGCCUCUGGGUAUGCACUUGUGUUAUGGGCUAAUGCAUGGAGGGCCUUGGAUGCGAUAGGCAUUGGUGAUUUCCUCAGAGAACAACAUUUUGAGCUUGAUGGGUUUGUGGUGACAUCAACCAUAUCUGGCCUUGCUACCUCCCAUACGCCAUUUAAGGCUGACAGGAAAUAUGAGGGCAAUGAAGUUCGUUCUGUGAAAAGGAAAGCUUUGCUAGAAGCCCUUGCAAAGGAUCUACCACCAGGCACCAUUAGGUUCACUUCCAAGAUUGUUUGUAUUGAAGAAGCAGGCAGCUUAAAACUGCUGCAUUUGGCUGAUGGGUCCAUCCUCAAGACCAAGGUAUUAAUUGGGUGUGAUGGAGUGAAUUCAAUUGUUGCAAAAUGGCUGGGACUUGAAAAUCCAGUCUUCUCUGGGAGAUGGUCAAUUAGGGGCUGUGGAGAGUACUUGGGUGGACAUGGCCUUGAGCCCAACUUCUUCCAGUUCUAUGGAAAUGGCUUUCGCUCUGGUCUAGUGCCUUGUGAUGAGAAGACUGUAUAUUGGUUUUUCACUUGGAUUCCAUCUGCCGAGCAGAAAAACAUACAAGAGAACCAGGCCAUGAUGAAACAGUUUGUGUUGAGUAAUCUGGGGAAAGUACCGGAGGCCUUAGAGAAUGCCAUAGAAAACACUCCCUUGGGAAGUUUUGUGGCCUCACCAUUAAAGUUCAGGAAGCCAUGGAAUGUGUUAUGGGGAGAGAUCACCAAGGGAAAUGUCUGUGUAGCUGGUGAUGCCCUCCACCCGAUGACACCGGACAUCGGUCAAGGUGGGUGUGCAGCCUUAGAAGAUGGUGUUGUUCUGGCUAGGUGCCUUGCUGAAGCCCUGCCAAAGGAGUCAAGAAGAGAAUCUAACUUAAGAGUUGAAGAUAAAGAAGAUGAUGAAUUCAAUAGGAUAAAAAAAGGUUUGGAGAAAUUUGCAAAGGAAAGGAGGUGGAGAAGCUUUGAACUUAUUAGUACAGCUUAUUUGGUGGGUUGGAUGCAACAAAGUGAAGGAAAAGUCAUCAGUUUCUUAAGAGAUAAUUUUCUGUCAUCAUUCUUAGCUGGAUUGCGGUUGAAGAGUUCUUCUUAUGAUUGUGGGAAACUCAAUAUCUCUUAAGUUGUUCUUACUUUAGAAGUGGUUAUCCUUGUCCUUGAGAUAUGUAUUAAAUUAAAAAUUUUAGAGAGAGCAGAGUUUUAAAAGUAGAUCAACUCAAGGUGAAUGAACACUCUUUUGAGUACA